UUCUACAGUAAUUUGUGCUUGUUUUCGACUGAAUUUGUGGGCCUAAUCAGACAGUACCAGAGUUAUUAAGUGAACUAUAGUUUUUGUUUUGGUAUUUUGAUUGUUAGGUAAGGUUACAGUUAAAUAAUGGAAGCCAACAUAUUUUUGAAAGAUGUUCGACAAGGUAUGAAAAAUUUGACAGUGACAGUCAUAGUACUUGAUGUAGGGAAUCCAACAACUGUCAAGGACAACAGGGAAGUCAGGACUUUAAAAGUUGCGGAUUCAUCUGCAUGCAUCAAUCUUUCAGUUUGGGAUGAACCAGGACAUUACUUGAUCCCAGGGGACAUUAUUAGGCUAACAAAAGCUAGUGCCACAAUUUUUCGAAAUUGCUUAACUCUAUAUUCUAGUAAAGCUGGAGAAAUUGACAAGAUUGGUGAUUUUUGUAUGGUGUUCAAUGAACAAUUUAAUAUGAGUGAUCCGAAUUUGACUUUUGAACCUCCAGCUGGUUCUAUAAAUAAUGGUGGAAUGAACAAUGGUGGUAAAGUAGUGCGACCUCCUGGACCACUGAUUUUACCUCCUACAGGUCCUUCUCAGCCUAUGAAACCUCAGCGAUUUCUGGGGCCUGAGGCUGCACCCUUAAGACCUGUUGGAAAGAUGAACAAUCAGAAGGGAGGUCGUGGUGGUGCUAAAAGUGGCAUGGUUCGCCCAGAACGAAGAUAGUACCUUGUUAAGAAAAAAAUUUGGUUUUUCUAAAUCAAUGUAUAAAUUUGUAUUUUUUUUUUUUUUACUGCAGUUGUUUUUGGCUUGAGAGGUAUUAAGAAAGUGUUUUGAACUCAUUGAGAAUGGAGGUUACCUUAUAGAUAGUAUUUAUAUAUUUUUAGAAAAUAAAAUAGUUUACAAAAGGUAAUAUAUUUUUCUUAUGAUGCUUUUAAAUUUAUGUAUUUAUAUU